GCUAGUUGUGUUCAAAAUGGCGGAUUCGUUUGGUUUUAUUAAGAGUGGAGAAAUAUAAUUUUAUUGUGUAAUUUUGUGUAUUUCAUGCUUCCAAAUUAAGUAAUGAUGUUUAUGAAUAUCGACAUUGACUAUGGGAUUGAUUACAGAAAACGAAUUUCUAAAAGUUUGGAAUUAUGAAUUAAGAUACAUUGUAUUGUUGCUAUUUUUUGUUAUGAGAAGUGUUUCGAGUUAUGAUAUAAACUGUAGCGAGAUUCUGAUGGGACAAUAUGUUUGUGCUUUGCCAGUUAUUGAUCCAGAAACACAGCAACCACAAGGAUGUACGAAAGAAAAUAUUGCCAAAGUUAACUGUACAACAAGUGCAGGGAUUAUAUGCAAACCAGGUACUGGAUUAAAUUCCACUGUCUUUCAAAAAGAUAUACCUUGUCUAUAUACAAAUGGAUAUUCAUUUGAGAGAGCAUUACUUUUAUCUAUAUUCUUGGGAAUGUUUGGAGUCGACAGGUUUUAUUUAGGAUAUCCAGCUAUAGGUUUAAUGAAAUUAUGUACACUCGGUUUUAUGUUUUUGGGACAUCUUAUCGAUGUCGUCCUAAUUGCCUUACAGGUUGUUGGUCCUGCAGAUGGUUCUAAUUAUGUGAUUAGUUAUUUUGGACCAAAGUUAACAUUUUUAGAAAUGGAUAAUUUUACACACAUUGUGCCACAAGAUGAUUGGUAACAUAAAUUCCCUCAUUUGAUGUAGAACUAAGUUCAGAGAAUAUAUAUAUCCAGUCAGUUUUUUAUUCAAAAGUCUAUAAAAUAUUACUAAUUUCAUACUGCUCUUAUUGUAGUCCAUUAAAUAUUACAAAUCCUG